ACAAUUAGGGUCUCCUUAAACCCCCCUUUAUAUAAACCCUCGUCUGGCUUCUUCUUCCCUCUCUCUCUCCCUCCCUCCCUCCCUCCCUUCCCAUUGCUCGUUGUCCAUACCUUCAAAAGAUCAAAUUUCAAAUUGUGAACAAAUGGCGUUGCCUAACCAACAGACAGUUGAUUACCCAAGUUUCAAGCUCGUAAUCGUUGGCGAUGGUGGCACAGGAAAAACUACCUUUGUGAAAAGGCAUCUGACAGGCGAGUUUGAGAAAAAAUAUGAACCAACAAUUGGUGUGGAGGUUCAUCCCUUGGACUUCUUCACAAACUGUGGCAAAAUUCGCUUCUACUGCUGGGACACUGCUGGGCAAGAGAAAUUUGGUGGUCUUAGAGAUGGAUAUUAUAUUCAUGGGCAAUGUGCUAUUAUCAUGUUUGAUGUUACUGCACGCUUGACAUAUAAGAAUGUUCCAACAUGGCACCGAGAUCUUUGCCGUGUUUGUGAAAACAUUCCAAUCGUGCUUUGCGGGAACAAGGUCGAUGUUAAGAACAGACAGGUCAAGGCAAAACAAGUUACUUUCCACAGGAAGAAAAAUUUGCAAUACUAUGAGAUAUCUGCAAAAAGCAAUUACAACUUUGAGAAGCCUUUUCUUUACCUUGCUAGGAAACUUGCUGGGGAUCCUAAUUUACAUUUUGUGGAAUCUCCUGCUCUGGCUCCUCCAGAGGUGCAAAUUGACCUAGCGGCACAACAACAACAUGAGGCGGAGCUUGCUGCAGCUGCCAGUCAACCUCUUCCAGAUGAUGAUGAUGAGGCAUUUGACUAGAUGAUGAAGGGCUUCAUGGAUGUCGAGCAUGGGGCUUUUGAGUAUAUUGUGUUGAGGGGUUACUCUCUAGUUGGACAUUGAACAAUCUGGAUUGUAGAAUCACUAUUCUGUCUAUGUUGAGUUUGUUGCAUGAGGAUGUGUUAGUCUAUUUGUUCAUUUUGGCUCAUACCUACAGGCGGUGGUUAUGAGGAAUUGGCCGUUUUAAUUUUUCUGUUGGAUGUUUUGGGUACCCGUGAUCAUUGGUUUUGUAUGAUUAAAACAAUUAAUUUGACUGCAAAAUUUUCUAGAUUACAGAAGUAGUGUUGUCCUUU